UAACUAUUUUUAGUAACUUAAAGUAAAAUUAUUUAAUUAUUAUUAAUAUAAAAUGAUUAAAUCAAAACUUUUUUCGGCAACAUUAUUUCUUGUUGCCGAUGUAUUUGCAAUUGUCAGUUUGGCUAUGCCUGAUUGGAUUACUACUGAGGUUGGUGGAAAUACAAGACUAGGACUAAUGUGGUCAUGUAUAACUUUAUAUGAUAGACCUCAAGUUUGUUACAGUUCAAAUUUGAAACCAGAAUGGUUUAUGGCCCUUAUUUGUAUUUUUGUUGGUUGCAUUUUAAUAACAGCCACUAUAAUAUUAAUAGUUACUUCUCUUUGGGAUCGUAAUGUUAUUUCCUAUGCAAGAUGGGUAGGAUUUACAGCUAAUUAUAUUUUAGUGGUGCUGUUUUGCUUAGCAGCUGUUAUAUUUCCAAUGGGUUUUCACAUUGAUGAAAUUGGUGGAAAACCAUAUCAGUUACCAAGUUCACAUCAAGUUGGCAUUUCUUAUAUACUUUUCGUUUUAGGUUUGUGGGCUACAGUACUUUCAGAAUUACUUGCUGGUAAAGUUUGUCUCCCACAUUUUUAGCAUAUAUCAUUUCCUCAAUAUAUUUUUUAUAUCUGUAUGAUAUUGUUCGUGGCUAUUGCAUAUUCUGUAGGAUUUAAAGCUACAUGAUACAUUAUGAGAUGCAACAAAACUGUUAAAUAUUAAGGGUCUUGUUUAUAAUUAGAAUAAAGAUAGAAUAUAAAUAAUUAGAAUAAAUAUUUGUUAUUAUAUAACUAGAAUGAAAAGAUCCGUUAUUACAUACAACCGAAUAUUAUAUAUAACUGAAAUAUUAUAUAACUGAGAACUAUUAGAAAUAAGUAAUUAAUAGUAAGUUUAUUAAUUAAUAAGUAUUAAACAAUUUUUUGUACUCUUUAUUUAUUAAAAUAUAUUAUAUGGUUGUAAUUU